UCCUCCAUCUUCUCACCUCCUCACUGCUCCUCAGCCACCGCGUGCGUGUUGGCUCCACAUGCACGAGCCAGGCCCGGGGAAGGGGGUUGAUGACGUCACAGGACAUCACCUGUAAGUAGAAGUCUGCUUGCCCUCAUCUGGACUCAGCAAGACCGGACCCGGACUCUCAUCCGGGUUCUGUGCACUUACCUGGACCCCCGGGACUCUUUUUACGCACGCACCUUUUUCUUUUCUUUUUUGACGGGCGGACCUUAGUUUUCCCGCCGCGAGUUGCAAAGUUGCGGGUGAGUCUGCGGAGGCCCGGCAUGCCGCGGAGGUGAAGCGAGGACAAGGCAGGCUUCCUCCGGGUUCGGGUUUCAGCGUCAGGGGGGUCCGGCUAUUAAAGCUUGUCGUUGUCAACAAGAAGACGCAAACUGGCAGCUGGACAAGUCGAGGCGCGUAUUCCCCCCCAAAUAUAGAGGCUUGGCUGGCGGCUGGCGGCUCCCUGAGCAAGGCAGGUGGGGCGGCGAGUGUGAGCCCGCAUGGACUGAAGAUGUCCGCCGCCGACCUCGCUCUGAGCGCGCAGCUGCCCAGCAGCCCGCUGGCCAUCGACUACGUCAACGACUUCGACCUGAUGAAGUUCGAGGUGAAGAAGGAGCCGCCGGAGGCCGAGCGUUAUUGUCACCGGCUGCCGUCGGGCUCGCUGUCCUCCACGCCCAUCAGCACGCCCUGCUCCUCGGUGCCGUCCUCGCCCAGCUUCUGCGACGCCAGUCCCGGGGGCGCGCAGCCCGGACAGAACCUCUCGGUGGCGGCGGGCGGAGGAGGCGGAGGAGGCGGAGGAGGAGGAGGAGGAGGAGGAGUGAACGGGGGGAGCGGCGGGAAGCCUCCGCUGGACGAGCUGUACUGGAUCCCCGGCUACCAGCAUCACAUCAACCCGGAGGCGCUCAACCUGACCCCGGAGGACGCGGUGGAGGCCCUGAUCGGCAACGCGCAGCACCACCACCUCCACCCGCAGGCCUAUGACGGCUUCCGCGGCCAGCAGUACGCCGGGGAGGACCUGAGCGCGGCCUCGCACCACCACCACCACCACCACCCGGGGCACCACCACCACCACCACCACCACCACGCCCGCCUGGAGGAGCGCUUCUCGGACGAGCAGCUGGUGAGCAUGACGGUGCGGGAGUUGAACCGGCAACUGCGCGGCUUCAGCAAGGAGGAGGUGAUCCGCCUGAAGCAGAAACGACGCACGCUGAAGAACCGCGGCUACGCGCAGUCUUGCCGCUUCAAGCGCGUGCAGCAGCGCCACAUGUUGGAGAGCGAGAAGUCCAGCCUGCAGAACCAGGUGGAGCAGUUGAAGCAGGACGUGGCGCGCCUGGCCAAGGAGCGUGACCUUUACAAGGACAAGUACGAGAAGUUGGCCGGCAGGACCUUCUCCGCCAAGCAGGCCGACUUCUUCAUGCGCCCGUCGUCCGCUGCUGUGCCCCAACUUCGAGCUCCUUCCUCGGCCUGCCUGCCUGCCAUCUGCCGCUGACUUUUUGCUUUCUUUUUUAAUCAAACAUGACUUUAUUAUUUAUUACCAAUGACUUCAUUCGUUAUUACCUAUGACUUCAGGCGUGGAGAAGACGAGAAGAAAUGGUCAAGUCAGCAUUUUGUCCAAGCUGCAUGCAGGACAUGUGAGGACUUUCGCUUUCUCUUUUGCUUUUUCCCAUAUGGGGGGGGGGGGGGGUCUUUUUUCAAUCAUUUAUUUUGUAUUGGCGAGUGUACAUAGUGGUUUAUUAUAUCUGAAAGGUUUCGUCCUAAUGAAGUCUUAAUUGCAAAUGUUACAGCAUGCAAAUCUGUAAUUCGUUCUUUUCUGCACUAACAAGAUUUUUUUUUUUUACGUGCUCUAAAAAACAAAAAUACAUUUGUUUUUAUUCCCGAGGUGAUUCCGCUGCUAAAACUCUAUGCACCCACCUGAUCAUUUAUAAAAAAAACAACAACAACUUGAAUUGAUUUCAUGUAUUUAUCUGGUUGUUUUAAUCAUCAUCAUAAUAAUAACAAUAAUAAUGUUUUGUGUGUGAUAAUCUGACAACAAUUCCCUGCAAAAAUGUGCAUUGUUGUGCACAAGUGUGCUGGUGGAAAUAACCCCAAUCCCUUAAAAAAAAACCAUACAUGUGAGAGGAAUAUUUUCUCCUAUUAAUAAUGAUAUUUAAUAGCAGCAAAGCGAGUCUUAAUUGAAAGUCUGGUGAGAGAAAGCAAACUUGUGCACAGUGCUGUCCAUGUUGUACAUAGCUUUUCUAUAUUUAUUCAAUAAAGGUAUGUCGACAAACUAA